UCAAAUUCUGUGAAAAAGCAAAAGAUGAACACCAUUUCUUGCUCAAAGGUCUUCCUUGUGUUGCUUGUAACUCUCUUGCCAAACCAAAUUCUUGCUGAUCAAAAGUUGAUCUCAUCAGCUUGUAAUCUCACUUUGUACAAGCAACUGUGCACACAAACUCUUCAAAAUGACCCCGACGGCAGUAAGGCUACUAGUUUUGAAGUCCUAUCCAAAGUUGCACUAAAACAUGCAACAUCUACAGCUACCCAAAUACAUGACAAAGUCAUUAGUCUGCUCAAAGGAUCAUCGAGUGAUAAGGCCCUAAAAGAUUGCAAAGAGAACUACGAAGAUGCACUUGAUCAACUUGGAAGGUCGACCACAGCAUUGGCAUCUAAGAGAUACAAUGAUGUUAAUACAUGGGUGUCGGCUGCCAUGAGUGAUGCUGACUCAUGUGACGGUGGCUUCUCGGACGUGGGAACUGCCAAGAAUCCAUUAGGAAGUCAGGGCACCACAUUUAGCAACCUUUGCAGCAUUGUCUUGGCCAUUACCAAUCAACUCAAAUAGGUCCUUUUUGUUUUGAUUUUGAUGAACAUCUAUUUUGAUGUCAAAUCGAUGUUGGAAUGUCCAUGCAUGUGUUCCAAUAUUUAAUAUAUAUAUGAAUAAAACAGAAAUACCGUUAUUUUA